CUUCCCCUUGCCGCCCCGCAUUGAACUCGCCCUCGGUUCGUUCCAGCGCUUGCCCAUCGGACUCACCGCCGAGACGAAGCCCCACAACAUCCCCCCAGACCCCAGCCAGCUUCUCUCUCAGCCCCCUCCGCUUGUCGCGUUGCGGACCCGGCGCACGCCGGCCCGCCCAGAUAUAGAGCGAACAGAGCCGCCGGCCAGACAGACACUCGAAGCGGUUGCUUGGUGCGGCAAGGGAGAAGGAUCAUCAGUCCCCAGUUGGUUUACUACUAGCCGGCCAUGGCUGCCAAGAAGGUGGUGCUGAAGAUCGACCUGCACGACAACAAGGAUAAGCAGAGGGUGCUCAAAGCGGUCUCCACUCUCCACGGUAUCGACUCCAUCUCCGUGGACAUGAAGGACUCUAAGCUGACGGUGAUCGGGCUCGCCGACCCCGUCGACGUCGUUGCCAAGCUGCGCAAGGUCGGGGCCGCCCACAUCCUCUCCGUCGGCCCGGCCAAGGAGGAGAAGAAGGACGAAAAGAAGGACGGCGACAAGAAGGAUGGCGAUAAGAAGGACGGCGACAAGAAGGACGGCGAUAAGAAGGUCGUGGUGUACCCGCCGCCGUGGUACGCCGGGCAGUACCCCUACUACCCCCACUACGUCGUCCACAGCGCCGAGGAGGACCCCAACUCCUGCGUCAUCUGCUGAUUGCCGAUCCCCGCCCGGUUUUUGUAAAUUCCUAGUUGGCCUGCCUGCCUACCUCGAGCUCCAGCGUCAGUGAUCGCCGGCUGGGACCCGGACCAGGGCCGGGGCUGCGGUGGUUGGCCGCUGCGCUCAGCUCUAUGCCUCUAUUCCCUGGGUUGGUUGGCCCGUCCGCAGGUCGUUAUAUGAUGACGAUGACGAUGGCCGGAGCAAUUACGCAGGCGAUCCAGGAGUAGUUGGUGGGAUUUCAGGUUGCAGCGCCAUUGCUGAUCAGCGAGUUGUGUAGUGUUCAUAGCAUAUUGUAUCUGGGUUUUGUCCUUGCUAUUUGGGUGUUGAGGCAUGAAACUAUAAACAUAUAUAAAGGUUAACUGAACAUACACUAAAUUCCAUUC